AUGAAUGAGUUCGAUGUAAUGAAGUGGAUGUUCUUGGACAGAGGUUAUCCUUGCAAAAUAAUUGACAAAGCUUGGGAUCAAGUUUUUUAUGAAAGAAGUAAUAAAUAUGAGGCAAUCAUUAAAUAUGGUUUCCAGAACAAUGACAUGUUACAAAAUACUGGAUUAGGUCUUGGCCCAGUUAAGAGCUUUCAUAAAAUUGUUACAGUACGAAGAGGAUCUUGGAAAAACCCAGAAAAUGUUUUUCUUAUGGUUUUCCAAGAACCAGUUUCUCUAGUGGCAACAGGACCCUUAACCAACUUAGCAUUGGCUGUAAAGUUGGAUCCAUCAUUUCCUCAGAAAUUAAAGAGCCUGUACAUCAUGGGAGGAAACAUGAGAGGUCAAGGCAACAGGACAGUCUGUGCAGAGUUUAAUUUUGCUUUGGAUCCUGAAGCAGCUUAUAUUGUUAUGAGAGAGUAUACAUGUCCUACGUACAUUGCUACCUUGGAAUACACUCAUGAUAACAAGCUUCCUUGGGAAUUUUUUACAGAAUGGGUGAACCAGGACAGUGAAAAAGCACGGUUUAUGAAGAAGAUAACUGCGAACUACAAGUCCCGUGUUCCUGGAUUUUUUGUGUCCUAUGAUUCCUAUGCUAUGGCAGCUGUUAUUGAUGAAAGUGUCAUUAAGGAAUACAUUCAGUGUGCAGUAUCUGUGGAACUAGGUGGCAAAUAUGCCCGUGGCUUGCUUGUUCUGGAUCCACAUAACUUGUUAGUGACUCCUGGAUGCUUGAAGCUAAAGAUUUACUCUCCAUCUUCAUACUGUUUACUUGAUUUGAAGCCUUGGAGUGACUCAUCUUAUUAUAAGAGGAUUGGUGGAAACCAAUAGUCUAUUUCCAGCUGGUGAAGAUGUAGAACUAGCGGCAAGAUCAGAUCUAAGAAGAGAGAACAUGUUUGUUAGAGAAACUUUGUCUAUCUGCCUUUUUCUGGGAACUGAUGGUUGACAGUCAGGAUUAUUACCGGCAGCAUUAAAUACAUCCUCCAAGGUUGGCACAGUAGGAAGUAUUGGAGAAGAAUGAGGCAUAUCUACUUGUAACAUAUAUUUCCUCUGUUUGGAGAGCAUCUCCUGUUCCCAUAAAAACAGCUCACUCUAAGCAGUUGUCUGAGAAAAGGAAAAUUCAUCCAAGAAGGAUUAUGAGGACCAAGUCCCCUCUGAAUCAGAGAAUUGGGCUUGAAAAUCUGCAGGAGAAGAAGCCCUGUUUUUUGUCAGAAUCAUCUGGCACAUUUUCCUCAGAAAUUUCUCUGCUGACAUUAUUCUCAGUUAACAUUUUUCUGAGCACCAGUAUUAACAGUCUGUCUGGCUAAGGUCAGAAAAUUAUCCUUUCUAACAGACAUUAUGUUUUCAGAUGAACAGCAUUUAGCCGUUUUUUUUUUUUUUUCUUUACAGGAAAAUAAUAAAGACUAACAUAAAGAAGGCACUUUUCCACUAUUUAGAGUUCUCUUUCCCUCAGCUAAUCAGACCUACAUGUCCCUGAUCCAGA